AUGCGCUGGUCUUCUGCACUCCUCUCAACUCUCACCCUGGCACUCGUGGCGAAGUCGCUGCCCAGCAGCGGCAUCAGCCAAGAAGUGUUCACGGUCGAUGAUUUCGAUCCUAGCCUCCCGGAAGCCGGUGAAAUCGUCUUCGAGCCUAUGCAUUUCGAUGCGGAGGGUUUCGAUAUCAGUGAAGGAGAAAUGGAUGCAGCUAUCAUCGCUGAUUGGAAGACUGAAGUCGUGAAGCAACACAACGCUUACCGUGCUCAAUAUGGUGCACCAGCGAUGACCUGGAGCGAUGCUUUGUAUCCUGGCACCCAACAGUGGGCCAAUCAAUGCAAGUUCCAGCACAGCAACGGGCAAGGCAAAUACGGGGAGAACCUGGCUGCUGGAACUGGGGGUAGCUACGGUUUCUCGUCUGGUCUCAAGUCUUGGAUGGACGAAGCUUCUAAAUACGAUUACAAUCACCCCGGAUUCUCGCAGGCAACUGGGCAUUUCACUCAGGUUGUUUGGAAGAGUAGCAAGCAAGUCGCUUGUGCCAUCGGAAACUGCAGGGGCGGGACUAUAUUCCAGCAGCCAUCCAAGUAUGUUGUCUGCCGUUACAGUCCGCCGGGAAACUUCGCUGGCCGCUAUGUGGAGAACGUCGGACGCCGCAAGUAA